CACGUCAGUCAUGUUUGCGAUCUGCUCGUGAUCGGAAGGCUCGAUUUCACUAAACGAAAGUACGUAGUUUCGAAAGGAACACCGUUGUUGUGUCAUUACGCGAAAAGUUUUUUCUUAUUUUGGACCGUCGAGAAAUCAUGGACAGUCAUUUUUGUUGAAUUGCGCUAUUAAAUAAUCACCGAUGGGAAACCCGAAUUCCAAGGAUCUGCGUUUUAACGGAACGCGUUCUGCAAAGGCGAUCACCCGAGGCAGUACUCAGAUAGACUGCGACCGCAAAUCAUCCACCAUGUCAGACCUUCAAAGGGAUCGACUCGGUCAACGAGGACACGGCGAUGGCGUCUCCCCAAAUUUGCUUCGAGGCCUGGAUCACCUAAAGGAUCCACGAUUUAACAAGGGGAUGGCAUUUAGCAUCGAAGAGAGGCAAUCAUUGGGCAUUCAUGGUUUAUUGCCAGCAGCUGUAAAAACUCAAGAAGAACAACUAGAACUCUGUCGUUUGAAUCUAGAACGUUAUGAAGACGAUCUGUCGAAGUACAUCUACCUCAUAGGCCUGCUAGAUAGGAACGAGAAGCUUUUCUACCGUUUUAUGGCAGAAAAUGUAGAGAAGAUGCUGCCUUUAGUUUACACGCCCACGGUGGGUCUAGCGUGUCAGAAAUUCGGCCUUAUUUAUCGAAGACCGCGCGGUUUGUUCAUAAGCAUACACGACAAGGGCCACGUCUACGACGUUUUGAAAAAUUGGCCUGAACAUGAUGUACGAGCCAUAGUCGUUACCGAUGGCGAAAGAAUACUUGGUCUAGGCGACUUGGGCGCUUAUGGAAUGGGGAUACCGGUUGGAAAAUUGUCUUUGUACACUGCUCUGGCAGGAAUCAAACCUCACCAGUGUCUGCCAAUUACCUUAGAUGUUGGAACAAACACUAAGACUCUGCUGGAAGAUCCUCUCUACAUUGGUCAUAGGCAUAAACGUGUCACCGGUCCAGAGUACGAUGAGUUUAUAGACGAAUUCAUGAAAGCCGCUGUCAAGAGAUACGGGCAGAACACUUUGAUCCAGUUCGAAGAUUUUGCAAACGCGAACGCAUUCAAACUGCUUAUCAAAUAUCGUGAUCAUUAUUGUACCUUCAACGAUGACAUCCAAGGAACUGCUUCUGUUGCUGUCGCCGGUUUACUGGAAUCUCUUCGUAUUACCAAUACGAAGCUGUCGGACAACACGAUCUGUUUCCUGGGCGCUGGAGAGGCUUCAUUGGGUAUCGCUAAUCUGUGCGUUAUGGCAAUGAAACAAGAAGGCAUUUGCGAAGAAGACGCUAGAGAGAAGAUCUGGAUGCUCGAUUCAAAAGGUCUGAUCGUGAAGGAUCGUCCGUCCGGUGGUCUGACGGUGCAUAAAUUGGAAUUCGCGCGGGACCACAAACCAGUAGAUACAUUAUUAGAAGUGAUAAAAAUCGCGAAGCCAACAGUGCUGAUCGGCGCCUCGGCAGUCGGCGGUGCUUUUACCACCGAGAUAUUGGAAGAAAUGGCGAACAACAACGAAAAACCUGUGAUCUUUGCUCUGAGUAAUCCAACAAGCAAAGCAGAGUGUACCGCUGAACAAGCCUACACCGUUACUAAGGGGAAGUGCGUGUUUGCUAGUGGAUCGCCGUUCCCACCUUUCGAGUACGAAGGAAAAACUCAUUAUCCUGGCCAAGGAAAUAAUAGCUACAUUUUCCCCGGUGUCGCAUUGGGCGUGAUAUGUUGCGGCAUGCGCACGAUACCUGAAGAAGUAUUCCUCGUCGCUGCCCAAUCGUUGUCCGACAUGGUCUCUAAAGAAGACUUAGAAAGAGGCACUUUAUAUCCUCCACUCAAAGAUAUUCAGAAAUGUUCGGUGUGCAUAGCUGUCGCAGUUAUGAAGUACGGCUACGAUAAUUGUCUCGCAACGGUUCAUCCUAAGCCCAAAGACAUUUAUGAAUUUGUCAAAGCGCAGCUGUACGAUCCGAGUUACGAACCAUCGGUACCACCGGUAUACUCCUGGCCUAAAUUAUAAUCUGACUGUCAUUAUUUAACGCAUCCGAUGAAAUCUGAAUAUAACAAUUAUUUUAUUUUUUAUCUGGUAUGGUAUUUUAAGUGCCUGUUGAACAGGUUCGUAUAUUACAACUGUUUAUGUUGUUUAACUUGCGUGUAUGUGUAUGAGCAAAUGUAUGAGUGUAUAUACACAGAAUAUUUCAAGCACAGAAUAGAUCGUGUCGCGAACAAAUUAAUUAUUGUAUAAAUGUAUCAAAGAUGUUCCAAUUUUGAAUUUUUGGAAUUAAAACUUACUGGCUGGAUGAAUAAAAAAUUUCAAACGA